AUGGCCUUGCCGCCAGGGCGUUGGCGGAUGGGGCACUCCGUAGCCAGCCCUGCCGAGCGCGCUGCAUUAAAAGGAGAGGGGAAGGGACCGCAGGUGCUCCAGGUCGAGCUGCAGGCGCUCAAUCUCGAACCGGAGCAGCGCAUCACGUACGGAGGCGAGAUCGGCUCCGGCAUCAGCGCCACCGUCUUCGAGGGCACCCUGGAGCGCGAUGGCGUGUUGCUUCCAGUCGCGAUCAAGAGGUUCAGACAAGAGGUGAAGCUCACCCUGCCCAAGUCGGUGGUGGACCUCGGCAGGGAGCUUCGGAUCCUCGCCAAGAUAAGCCACCCGAACCUGCUCCACUUAUACGGGGUGGUGCCCAACGACCCACCCGAGUUCGUCACGGAGCUCUGCCGCGGAGGCAAUGCCUUCAACUUGCUGCACGUGCAGCAGGACCUGGAGAUAUCGUGGCGGCAGAAGCUCAAGAUUUGCUCCGACACGGCGGCGGGCAUCGGCUAUCUCCACGGGCUCUCCCCAGCGAUCCUGCACAGAGACCUGAAGUCUCUGAACCUUCUGCUAGUCGACGAGUUCACUGGCGAGGAGGACGGGGAGAUCACAAUCAAGGUGUGCGACUUCGGGCUCUCGCGGCUGAAGGAGGGGGAGGAGGAGCGCAGCCUGAUGACAAAGAACGUCGGGACCACGAACUGGCUUGCUCCAGAGGUCGUCGGCGUCGGGGCGGUUUCGUACAACGAGAAGGUCGACGUGUACAGCUUCUCGAUGACCAUGUUCGAGGUCAUCUGCAGGGAGGUGCCCUUCGAGGACGACGACCCCACCGGGGUCAUCCGCCGCGUGAAGCGGGGCGAGAGGCCAGAUCUGGAGGCCGUCCCGCCCGACUGCCCCGAGCCGCUGCAGCGGCUCAUGGAGGACUGCUGGCACGCGGAGCCUUCCAGAAGGCCGUGCUUCGACAGGAUAUCCCGAAGGCUGGAGGAUAUCCAGCAGGAAUUAUGA